UGGUUGGAUGCCUAUCAUGAUCCGAUGGCGUCAAUUCACACAACCCCUUCCUGUUUGAGAUUGGUCGAUGUCACGGGAAAUGGAGACCCAAAGCUGAUUGUCGCAGACCAAAACCAGAAGCUAAGGGUGUACAAAGGGAUCAACCUCAUCUCCGAGCUUGCACUUCUUGAUACACCAUCAGCUAUCUGUCCCUUCUAUGCCGAACAGAAGGCUGGAGGAGGUUCUGAACGUAUUCCUUCCAUUGCAGUGGCGUGUGGACAGUUUAUCUUCAUAUACAAGAAAUUGAGGCCAAAUUUCAAGUUUGCUCUACCAGCUCCUCAAGUCAGCGAAGAAGAACUCAACGUCUGGUCCUGCAAAGAGUUCAUGAAUGCAUGCAAAGUGAUGAUCGAUGGCCAGCUCGUUAGUCUUCAGGAGAACGGCACGAAUCUUACGUAUCAGUCAUCUGAUUUGCUCUCGAAAGAGACGCUUGAAGAUCGGACACUCUUUAUCGAACAGAAUCAAAAGGUUCAACCAACGCAUUCCACCACGAUAACGUGCAUGGAAAGCAUAAAGAAGAACAGCGAUGAUGAGACAGCCACGAGCUGCCUGGUGGUUGGAGCAGAGCACAAACAAGUCACUAUUCUUGACGCAACAAAUUUCUCAAUCUUGAUGAAGGUGACGCUUCCGGCUGUCCCAGCAUUUAUCGGAGUUACAGGGCUGAUGGAUGUGGAAUAUCGACUUGCCGUGGCUGGGCGGGGAAAUGUCGUGUACAUGAUCAAGAACGGGCAGCUCAUGGCUACGACCAUCGAGCUUGAGUCAAGCAUUUGUGGUUUGAUAUGCAGUGGGAAAAGCAUCAUUGUAGCCGACGCACAAAAUGUCAUGUAUUCCUUCCAUUUCAAGGGGAAGAAGAACUACUCCAUUCACAUGCCAGCUCCGAUACAAGCGUUGGAAACUAUGCAGGUGGAUAGCGUAUCGAACAAUGUUUUACAACUCGUCGCGCUUCAAAAUGGCGAGAUAAGGCUGUAUCGCGAGAAGACAUUAGUUUCGAGUAUAACUUCGAACGAUGUCGUGACUUGCAUGCGAUUCGGUAAGUAUGCCAGGGAGGAUUCAACGUUGCUUCUGGUUUACAAGAAUGGAGGAAUGGCUAUCAAGAUUCUAUCAAGGAACAGUAAUCUUAACAAGACAAGUAAGACAGGGGGUCCUCCGCCUGAACAAGACAUUCCACUGAAUGUCCCGAAGAAAACGAAACUCUACAUCGAACAGACCCAGGCAAGAAAAAAGCAGCAAGCGAUUGAUAUGCAUAGAAUCUUUCAACGAGACCUGUGCAAGCUAAGAUUGAAUGCUGCUAGAUCGUAUGUGAAGAUCCUAACAGAUGGCAAUCAGAAAACUUCUUCACAUUCCAUUACAGCAUCCUUGAAGCUUAACGUCGAGGUUCAAGGCUUGGGACCAUAUUACAAAUUGAUUAUGACGAUCACCAACACGGGGACAAAAAUCAACUCUGAUUGCAAGGUGAUGAUACGAUAUAAUCCUGAUCUGUACAAGAUGCAAAGCUCGUUUCUUGAUCUGCCACCAUUGAUGCCUGGACCGCAAUAUCGCUUCGAGGAGAAGGUGAGAUGCGCCUUUGUGAUGCAUCAAGAAGGUGAGUAG